AUGGAAGACAAUAAACACGUACCUUCGGUCAGUGCAAGUGUAUCAGGUGGGCAGGAACCAGUAAACGUGGACGUGAAUCUGCCUCGACUCAACCCACCGGUGAUGACAGCAUCGAACAUCGAAUUCUGGUUUGCUGCUUCGGGACUCGGAAAUCAACACGAUUCGAAGAAAUACAACAUUGUCAUGGCACAGGUGCAGCCAGAGAAGCUAACAGAGCUACGCGCUAUCAUAGAUGCCACUCCUGCUUCCGAAAAAUAUUCCUACAUCAAACGAAAAUUGAUCGAUUACUUCGCUGAUAGUCAGCAGAAACGAUUGCAACAAGUUCUGUCUGACAUGCCACUUGGUGACAUGAAGCCAAGUCAGCUGUACAACGAAAUGACACGAGUAGCCGGUAAUUCGUUGGGUGUACCCGUACUGCUUGAUCUAUGGGCAUCCCGGCUUCCUCCGCACGCACAAGCUGCAGUGAUUGCUUCAAAAGGAGAUCCUUCAGAAAAGGCAACAAUCGCUGAUGCUAUCGUCGACGCCAUGGGCUUUCGUAACGUGAACUCAAUAAGUAACACUGCAUCAACCGUUCCAGCAAAUAUUUCAGAGACUCCAGCUUCGGGUAGUAUAGAGGAACUUCAACGAGAAAUCGCUCAAUUAACCAGGAGGUUCGACCAAAUGUUUCGACCUCAAAGGAGUUCACGAGACCGGUCCCGCUCUCGCAGUCAAAGCAGAAGAAGUCAACACUACAACUCGGAAUCAACGUAUGAUAUGUGUUGGUACCAUCGUACUUUUGGAACUGAUGCACUUCGAUGCCGGAAACCGUGUACCUUUGGAGAGACUGCGAAAACUAAACAACAAUGGCGCCAUUCGUACGGUUCUGCGUCAGCAAUUGGGAAACCUUCCGACGCAGCUACAAUUUUUCGCCUGAAAAUAGCAGACACUAUUACGAACAGAAGUUUCCUCAUCGACACUGGUGCCGAUGUAUCAGUAAUUCCAAGAAACUCGGCUUUAGGUCGAGUAAAACCAACCACGUUAAAACUUUUUGCUGCAAACGGAACUCAAAUCCAGGUAUACGGAGAAGCGCUACUGAAAGUAAGUCUUGGCCUUCGAAGAGAGUUUUUAUGGACUUUCCUCAUAGCAGAUGUGACGACAGGAAUUAUCGGUGCAGAUUUUAUCUGCCACUACGAUCUGCUAAUCGAUCUCAAACGCCAUCGCUUGAUUGGCAACACAACGCAAGCGCCAACAAACGAGUAUUCCAUUAAGACGUUUAGUAGCAAAUCACCGUAUGCCGAACUGUUGGCUGAAUUUCCAUCCACCCGGUACGGUAACUAA